AUACGCACGGAAAUUGGACAGCUGUACUUGUUCGCUUUGCGGUCUCCCACAAAACUGCUAUUGCGCCUGACCUUACGUGUUUUUUUUACCCAAAGGUAUGAACAGAAUGUCCUGCUUUUUGUAUUGUAUCAUUCCCUUCCUCCUAGUUCAAAGAUAUUAUUACCUGAAGCAUUGUUAGUAUAGGAGGCUGGUUGUGAAAGCCGGCCUUGGAAGGGCCAAAACAACGGUCUGCAGCUUAUGUUGGGAACUCUCUGACCGUGCACAAUUUUUAUCUUUCAUUCACACACCGUGACUGGAAACCUUUUUUAUUGGUUGGUCCGACAUGGUCACGUGCUGCUGAAUUUAUUGUAAGGUCAGGAUCAACAACAAGGUUCCCAAAAAAAUUAAAUUAGAAAGGACUUUCUCAGUCUUUCUCUCUUGUAUUACGUCAUUUGGUGAUUGCAGCCGUCGGCAACACCAAGAAACUACCAAUUUAGAGCCUGUUUACAUGGAGGUGGGGGAACCCCAGACAGGUACGUGAGGCAACGUCCGCCCGUCAUCCCACCUAUUAUGUAAACGUGGUCAAACUGAAAUGAGAGAUUAUAUGGACAGGCGGGUUACCCCUCAUAAGCGGGUUACCUCACCUACCUGGGGUCCUCCACCUCCAUGUAAACAGGCCCUUCGUGUGUUUGAAGCGUUACAAGCUACUCAGUUGUGUCAAUUGUCUUACCAAUUGUGGCAGUAAAUGGCGGACAUGCGUUUAAGUAAGGUCUAACCCCAUAAAAGGGUAUCAAGAAUCCGGGAAAUUUUUUCCUGUGGAAUCCAGAAUCCGAUAAAUUUUUCUUGUGUAGUCCAGAAUCAUGGCUUUUGGAAUCCGGAAUACAGCUCAAGGAAUCCUGAGUCCUACUAAAGACUGGAAUCCAGAAUUCAAGUUACACUGACAAAAACUCCAGAAUCCAGUACCUGGAAUCCGGAAUCUACGGUGUAGAAUCCUGAAUCUAAAACUGUCUUAGAUUCCCUUACAUGAGGCGAAAGGAUAGGGAGUCUACAGAAAGGGAUCCAGAAAACUUGGAAAAUGGGGAUCGGGACACUUGUCAGCUGUUCAGAUACUACAUAUUAUCCCAAAAAAUAUUAUAUAUUAACAAGUCCAAAGCGACAAACCAAUGAGAAGUGCCGAAUUUCCCCACUUAUAGACCUGGAUCAGUACAAUUAAACUUGUAGAAAAAUAUGAAACUGCAAACUGAUCCUUUCGGCAAGGCGAUGAAGAAGUAAACCAAAGAAUAAAACAAAAAAAAAUAAAAUAAAAAAUAUAUAUUUUCUUUAAAUAUAUAUUUUUUCUUUUAUUCUUUUGUUUACUUCUUCAUCGCCUUACCGUAAGUAUCCGUUUGCUCUUCCAUGAUUUUCUACAUAUUAUUCUAUCGAAAUCCUUGACAGUUACACACAGUUUUACAGAAAAUGGGGCGGCCGUGGUCCCCUCGGACCACCCCUAAAUCUCCAUGAACUGAUAAGGUGUGCUUGCCAUUGAUUACUAUCAUAUUAUUAUCACGUGCUGCUGAAUUUAUUGUAAGGUCAGGAUCAACAACAAGGUUCCCAAAAAAAUUAAAUUAGAAAGGACUUUCUCAGUCUUCAUAACAAUUACACUUCAUCAACAAUGCCUGCAAGAAGCGAUCGACUUCAAAUUUUCUGGAAAUACUUGGGUGUGUUAUCUUCCUAUAAAAUAGCCAGCAAGCUUACUUCAAUGAAAUGAAGUUACAGGACCUUUUGUUGUGAUAUGGGAUGACAUAGAAUCGUUAAUGUCUCUGCUCCUUUAUGAUGCAUGCCUAACGCGAAGUGACUUAAUUAUAAAACAAAUAAUGACAAGUUGGCGAUACUGGGGGAGCACUGCCUUGCGCUAGGUUAGCCUGUGCGACUUCCGGCGAUGGCAUGGGCAAAGAACCUCACUUAUCUCCCCAGCACUACCAGCUGAAUGCAACACAGCACGUGCUGGAUCGGACAAGAGUAUCGGCUUGCAGGUAGCCUGUGAAGCGCAGACGCAUUUCCGGUCGUCGCUUCUCUCCCUCCGAAAAAUAGCGUCUGCGAACCCGAGCGACAAAACGAUUUCCGUGACGUAAAACAUUUUUAGCCAAUCGCGGUUUAGCUCUUAAAAUCAAGGAACUAACUCGCGAGACUUCUCGCAGGAUCGUGCGCGAUGGAUAUGUUUUCAAGUCGAAAUUGAAAGGACGACGUGGCUUGUGUAUAGCCGUCCUUUUUUCUCAGAACGACGCGUUUACGAAAGUUAAUUUGCCAGGAUUGUGGGACUGAUUGACGAAAUAAGUAUCAAGAGGAUUCAUAUCGAAGAAAAGAUUAGAGGACAUUUUUCAUCUAUUUGCCUACGGAGUCAAUGAUUUAUCAGACGUAGUUGUUUUGAUCAUAUUCGAAACGAUAACUGUCCUAAUGACAGUAGACGCAUCAUGCCGUUUGUUGCUUCUGUUCCUUUCUGGUUCCUGGCAGGAAAGUAUGCCUUGGAGAACUCUUCGAUAGUUUGUCGUGUGCCGUUUUAGAUAUUUUUUAGUAGAUAUCCUUUAUCUUUGAAAGGUAGGACAUGUGGUAAUUGAUUUCCCAUGCGUGGUUGCUUCUUGGUUCAGAUAGAACUUUGAUCAGAUCGAAAGCAUUUUAUAUUUGCUCCGGUAUAUUUCUUUAAAUACAUGUUCUUUUCAAGGUUCUCAUUUCCAUAGUUUUUUGUGAGAUGAGUAGAAGCGUCGUAGCUGAAAUGUCAUUUUGACUAUGAUCUAUUUACUGCUGUAACUAUUUAUUUCACGCUGGGUCUGGCCCAGGUUUAUAAUAUUUCAGAUCAUUGUGUUGUGGCGAUACUAGAAUUAUUAACGAGCGAUUGUUAGAGAUUUCUGAAUCAGUCAAGGAUGUGUCUGUGUAAUUGAUUCACCACCUUUUGUCAGCGCUGGUUAAAUUGAAAUAAAUAAGUCUGAGCGCGAUGUCAUUAAGCUAUGUUGCUUUCCUUUCGCUGUAGCGAUUAUUUUGUCCAGGUUUUGUUUAUGUCACGUACUACCGUAUUUUAUAAAGCGAAACCAAAGGCCCACAUCACAUACAUAGCUUAAGAAGCAGUUGCUUCAUAAAGAAGUCAGCAUUCAACGUCGCAGGAAACCUUGUUAUGGUCGUGAAAUUCCCGUUCCAAAGCGUAUUUGGUAAUUCUCUCCAAAAUCCAAGACACUUCAGCGCGCGAGGUCGCGAGGAGUCACUCGAGCUGUAUUCUAUCCUUUGAUCUGAUUGGCCUACAUCAAAACAAAAGGUUUUACGUCACGGAAAUCGUUUUGUCGCUCGGGUUCGCAGACGCUAUUUUUCGGAGGGAGAGAAGCGACGACCGGAAAUGCGUCUGCGCUUCGCAGGCUAGCUUGCAGGCGAUAUUAAACGGCAAUGCGAACCAACAAGCUUGGGGGAAGUCGCUGCGCAGACUUAACCGCACUGCGAGGAGUGUCCCUAGUUUAUUUGAAGGUAUAGCACAAAACAAAGCCCAAACCUCGUCUCCAAAGGGAGGGAGGGAGGGAAAAAUUUUACAAGAAUCGUAUACUGAGCCCUUAAACCUUGCUGAACACUGGAACCCAAGUGAACUCUGAACAGUUGUUCUAGGCUUUUAUAGCUAGACGCAUGUCUGCUGGCAUAGCCAGUAGCAAAGGCUGUACUACAAGACAGCUCAGCGUUGCAUGCGCAAACUCUUAGCCAUGAAUAGUGCUUUGAAAAUAUUGGCCAAUGCUGUGGCUCGUACUAGCCUGCUUAAGACAACAAGGCCGUAAAGUUCUAUGCUAGAAUACAAUGCAUCUCAGAGUUCGCUGACCUUGGCAGCUUGACUACACAAUUGCUUUGUUGAAAAAGAGCCGCCAUGAAUGGGUUACUGAUAACUAGCGUCACGUUCCAUUAUCUACAUUUUACUGGCGUGACAGUAAAAUUGCUUUUAAUUUUAGACCAUGUCCCCAGGACCGAGGUCAGAACCCGCAAUGUCCUGUUUGUCCCAUUCACACGCCCCAAGCUUUUUUAAAAAACAUAAUAUAUUAAGUUACAGCUCUAGCCUUAUAUUAGACUUUUUAGAUCUGAAAGCCGGCAUUAAAGAAGACUUCUACGUAUUACAUCAGGAGUCAAUAAAACGCUCCAAAAGACCAAAAUUUCCGACAGAUCGAAGUUUCUUAAAACGUCACAAGAUAAUUUAACAGGGAAAUUAAGAUAAGUGAAUAAAGUAUUUAUUUCUUUUUUGUUUGACCUAAUUCAUUUUAGAACAAGAGCGACCUCACAGUGAAUAUUUCUUCGUAUGGCUUCAGAUAUCCGGACUAUUUAUUCCUAUUACAGGUAAGCAUCCAGAGUUGCCACAAGCCGGUCGACCUCAGGACUUUCUAAGCAAGCGAAGCGAGCUUUCCGUAGGCAUCGAAGCGAGCGACGAAGUCGCAAGAGGUCCGUUGCCAUAUUAAAUGGGACCAAGGACUUUUUUGAAAGUCUAGUGAGCAUCGAAACUAACACAUUAAUCAGCUGCUUUGACCUGAGUAACUGAUUGGUAAAUUGGUAAAGUUUGCUCAGCAACUAUCGUAACCAAAUCUUGAAUAUGAGCUCGAAAGUGACGGCUAAGUCAUUUUCCUUUUCUGAAGAAACAUUUAUCAUAUGAUAAUGGCAACCAGAAUAUAUUAAUUAAUUUCAAACUUUUGAGCCGUGAAAGAAGUGGUAUAGCUUACUCGCGACCAUCCACACUUUAGGGCAUGUGAGGGAGUUCUAAGAGGCUUAAGUCGAAGCAAAUCGAACUGAACGGUUUUUUCUCUAAAUAAUUUUCUUUUCCUUUUUACGUUCACUUAUUUUUUAAGUGUUUGUGCCUUUGUUCUGUAUACCUACAUGUGCAUUAGUUUUCAAUUCUUUUGUUUAAUAUGUUUCUUUCGUCACACUUGUACUGCUAAAUAAAAAAUGUAAUAGAGCACCGUUACUUUUUGCCACUUUCUGUAACUUAUAUAAAUAAAGAAUCCUAAAAAGGCUAAAAAGAGUUUCUUCGGCAGUGUAGAAAGUGUGGCUGUAGUGUGCUCGGUAUUUUCAAAAAGAACGUCAUCGUUAUCAUAAAGGUCAAUGUGUGUGUAAUUAGUUUUACGAAAUCCCUGCAAAUAGAAAAAGUACAUUAUACUUUAUGGGACUUUCAUCAAUUUAAGUUAGCAUUUCCUCUCCGGUUGUUACCACCGAAAGUUCAAGACCUGGAUCUCUUUUCAGAUUUCAGGUUUCCCUUUUACUCAGGAUGCACUGUCAGAUAUGGAGACAUACGAACCAAACUUGUCGACCACAAGUAAGUGUAUCUUGUAUUAAAGCGGAAAGGGGUUUAUAGUUAUUAGCAAUACUGCAACUACACUUGCUCUAUGUAAGGAAGCAAACGAUCGUACUAUUUCGAAUUCGUAAUUAUUAUUGUUUAUGAAUUUGUUUUUCUCACAUGCUUGCGAUAAAAAAAGUCCUCGGACCUUGGGAUUUCACUUCAAAUAUCACAAUUCACUCAACACUCAUAAAUGCGUCAUCCUCGAAAAAAAUCAAGCAUCACUGUAAGGAGAAAGCUAUGCGGCUUUUUCAGGAACGUUAACCCUCUGACGCACGUACCAAGUCUUUUCAGUCAGAUGUUCAGUUUUUCCUCAGAGACAUUUUGGCAAACUUUAUUGACAGUCGAUUUCCAUAGUUACAAAAUAUGACAUCCUUAAUUUCGGGAACUGUGGGUCUAUAGCAGUAUUUUUCUAAUGAACAAAUAACCGUACGACCACUGAUAUCAAAUAUCUACUGUCCUGACUGAGCACUGUCUUUCAAACCGAAUUAUCUACUCAGCACACUGGCCUCCUACUAAAUAAACUAAUCCAGUAGUGGCACCACUUUACGCAAGAGGAAAAUAAAUAUAAAAUGUCGACUGAUAUUAAGAUAUUCCUGGCAGUUUUCACUGGUCUCUCAUAACUGUUUGCGAUCCAAAAUGUAGGUAACUCUUGGUGUGAAAAUGGGAGAAAAGUGCACUCGUUUCACUUAAAAGUGGAGAAGGAAACAAGUCGGUGUUCGGUUAAACACCAAUUUUUUUUACUAAGUUACAAAUAUACAAAAAAUCCUAGUACGUAACGUAAACUCUAAUUUCAUGGAUUAUCCAAGCCUUUCGAUUAAUGGUUAAAUAUUGAGUAACAAAUGAAUUCAAUCAGUAGUUUUGAGAAUUUUAUGAUGUUCUUGUCAAAUGUAUUUUGAUAAAUAUCAAGGUUUUUACUAUAACUGUGUUUUCAUUUUUAUUACUUUAUCUUUAUUUUAUUUGUAGCGACACAUCCUCCAGGUUCAUCUACCAAAGAAAAAACUGGUAAGUUUAAAGUACGUUUGAUAAGAGUAACUUUAAAGAUGUUAUCACUCCAAGAAUAUGUUGCUUAGUAACUUGAUCAAUCCGCUACGCUUUUGUUGUUUGUGUCUUCAUGCCAACGCUCAACUCCCAUGCACAAACGUUAAACAGGUGUCACAAGAGUCGAAAGAACAUUCGAAUCAUUACGACUCAAAUAUUGACGAUCAUCGUCUUCGUUUCUAUCUCUAUCGUCAUCAUCAUCAUCAUCAUCAUCAUCAUCAGGGCACGAACCGUAACGUCCUCCUCAUUUGGGUUAUUGCGUAUAUACAUAUUGCAGGGGAGAUAUGCAAAUUGUGGGGGUGUGUUCGAGCAACUCGCACUCUACACGAUGAGCUACCAGGAAUCUGAUUUACAUCUUGGCCUUUAUUCUUCUUUGACUUCUGCUAACAGUCUUAAUCGUCCUACUCUUCUAACUCUUUUCUACUUUUCUACCCUUCUCUACUAACUUCUACUUACUAGUUCAAGUAUAGUAUCGGUUUUAUAGCCAAAGCUGGACAUGUUUGGGUUAACUGACCGGGAAGACCUUCAGUAUUGAAUAUCUUAUCGCUAACAUUGCAACAGGUUUGCCAUUGUUAGAGAAUAGAUUAGCCUACGCACAGCCGCAACUGCAUGACAAGUACCAAAGAACCAAGGUCAGCUCUAACACUGCGAACACGACCACCUGUAAAAAACUAACAUCUGACAAUGCCAAGCGAAUAACAUUCCUAAUAUGGCAAUAAGUAAAUUCGUGAGCUAAGCAUAAAUCCAAGUACAAGUUAAAAUAAAAGAUCAUAACAGGAAAACAGUACGUAGACAAAAACAAGACUUAAUGAAACAAAAACUAAACUUAAAAUAGAAGAUAGAUCCGUCUUAACUUUAACUUUCAAAAUACUUCACAACAAUAUUGUUGAGUUCUACCUCACUAUGGAAUAUUUCCUGGUUAUUGCCUAGGUAAUAUCUUGAUCUUUUUUUCUCUACCCCCAUCACCUCUCAGCAUCUUACCCUUCAUUCAAGUCAUGAUCAGUUUUUAAUGACAAGUUCCGUAAUGUCACUAUAUUUUUUCAACCUCUUAUCAUUAUAUUAACUCGUUUGUUUGGCAGCAACGUACCCUUCAAGAUCUACAUCCUUUUCGAAAUAUGGUAAGCUUACAAAAUUUUAAAGGGUCUUUUUCAUUUCAGUAACUUAUUACAUCACACUCUAACAAGUAAAAACAAAAAGGGACUUAUUAUUACUUACUUGCGAUCUUCGAAAAGGCCGCAGUUUAAUUCGAGUACUGACAGUUAUUUGAUGAGGCUGAUUGGGAUGUGACGACUUAAUAUGUGUAGCAGUUCGAGUAGAGAGUCGGCCUGUGGAUUCUACAUACUUGUUUAUAUCAUGCAUACGCAAGCCAGAUUCAAAUAAAGGUUACAUAUAUUUUUUAAACAUUCAUUCCCUUAAUACAUUUGCCCGUUCUUUGGCAGUUUUAUGAGAUGAUAUGAACCGAUAUCCUUCCAGAUAUUCGUCAAAAAGCUGUUAGUGCUUAAGGCAUUCUUGCGAGCGUUUAGAAUCAUUAAUUCAGUGAGUACUCUCCUUUUAAAUCUGCAGCUCAGUAUUUUAAAAAGCUACAUAUUGCAAAAAAACUGAGCAGGCACCGCUCCGCGCUCCGCUAUCGUUAGGUGGCGUCAAUCGUACAAUAAUUUUUCUUUCUGUUGUUUUACGACUGACGUUAAACGUAAAAUACUCAACCAGCUAAAAUCAGUACAUCCAGCUAUGAAGAAUACGGAAAUGAUUUCGACUUAUAAACAGCCUUUUGGGGCAGUUUACUCUGAAGCUGGUAUGUCUUGUUAAUUCUAAUUUCAUCAUACCACUACAAGAGAUCAAUGUACAAUACUAACAUAUGAUAUUCCGUUUAUGUUUAGUAUUUACUACCCCUCCAAGUUUUUCCACCAAGCGUCCACAAGGUCCCACAACUAAGGAGAAAGGUUAGCUUAAGGAGUAGGCUAUAUGGUAGUCCUGUUAGCUGAUAGCCAAUCAAUGAAUGUCAUUAGCUAUUAUUAAAGAGUAGAAAUUUUGAUCGAAAAAGAGUAGAAAACGGUUUUCAAUUAAGGAACUAAAGGUAAAUAAGUUGUGGGAAAGAAAAGAACAGAAAGGAAAGGAAACAGAUUGAAAAAGAAGGGCGCCCUGCCUGGGAAACAAAACUAGGGAGUUUUAGCAACGACGACGGCGACGGCUACGAGAACGUCAAAACAGCAAUGGGUUUAUUAAACGAAACAUCAAGUUUGCACGUGCAUCACGCUUUUUUGUACAUUUCUUUGCUGUUGCUCCACGACCACGACGUGAAAAUGCCUAAUUUCACGUUUUAUGGAGGACGUAAACAAGCGACAGGGAAAUUUUCUUUCUCUCUCUAAACUUGAGUGGGUCCCCAAGAAAUCAACUCCAGUGAAAUUUACCUACAUUAGACAUUUUAAGUGAAUUGGAAUAAACGCGAUAAAGUUUGAAAAACGCUAAGUCAUUUUAAAAGUGACGAUUUCGCUGUCGUAGCCGUCGUCGAUGCUAAAACUCCCUACUGUAAUCUCUACAACGGCAUUGCUUUAAUUGUGUAUGAAGAUUCAUCCACUGUUUGUGCAAGCAACACGUGUUUGCCAAACUGUUCACAAAUUGAUCGGUGGAGCAUAUUGUCUUAAUCUGGUUUAGCUGAUAUCUUAACAUUUUCGAUACGCAGAUCCAAAUCACACCACAGUCGUCUAUGCCGUAUCGAUUUCGUUAGGUAUCGUGGUCGGAAUGGUCCUUGUAUGUCUUGUCACUUCACUCAAGUAUUCUUGUCUGCGCCAAAGGAAGAACAUUGUGUUGCCCGAAGGUUUGUACAAGAUUUCAAGAGAGCGAAGAACGGAGGAGGUAGCGUAGCCGAGUGGUUAUAGCCCUGGACUUGCAAUUCGGAGGCCUCAAGCUCAAGUCCCGCUCUGCCCGUUAGUUGGGUCUCGAGUUCAAAUCCUCGGCCACGCUUGUAAAUAGCCAGCUGGUUUGCCUCCGGCCAGUUGGUAUUCUUAACCCUGUUAAGUUGGAUUUAGAUUAUUUGUUUCAGACAUCUGCUCAUUAGUGCUAUAAAUAUUUCAUUUAUUUAUUUUAUUGAUUCUUAAUCAUGCUUUCAACGCCCAGCUUGCCAAUUUUUUCCUUUGUAGAAUCCCGAAAAAUUGCAAGUGUUUCAAUUUUAAUACUAUUACCCUUUUGGAUGGCAAAUGAGGAGGAUUUUGUCCAUUACAUGUAUCCAGUAAAUUAACGUUAUGCUUGGGGAGAGAAAGGGUUUAAGUAAAAUGGGUUUUUUUUUCUUUUUACCCAAUGAUACAUCACGUAUUUCAGUGUGCCUGUUUAUAGCCAAUUAAGGGAGCGUAGCAGAUGAAAACAUAUUAAAUCAGAUGCUUUAAGUGUCUUAUAAAGGUGUGGUUGCUGUUAAGGUGAUGGUUAACUCGUAUCGCCGGGAAUGUUUAGAAAAAUGAGCUAAGCUUAACAGAGGGUCAUGGUAUAUAGGUUCCAGACCUUACAAACCCUAAAGUAUGCAAAUCUGGAGUGAUUGAAAAAAAAAAGUCCCCCAAAACAUGGAGAUUUCCAAAAUACGUGUCACAUAAAAGCAAGAGGGCAGAUAAUAGUUUUUGUCAUGGUAUUCCGACUUUUCCGAUUGUUGUUAUGGUAUUCCGACCGAAUUAGUGGCCUUUGUUGUACUCUCUUGUUGCUCUUUUGGUAGCGAUGAGAGUAGUAUAAUAGGGACCGAAUUAUCCCUUUUUGGGGGAGAACCCAUUAACAACGAUGACGUCAUAGCCUUUUGUCUUAAUGUCAUGAAUAAAAUGCGGAGGAAUCUCAUUAAGAUGUGGUCAUGUGUUACUCUUUUAGUGAUUUAACCGGUCUGACAGGUUUUCUAGUUAUUUCAAGAACGAUGAAUGUUUUGGUUUUCGAUUGGUUAAUCAGAAAGCACGAAACGUUCUCAUUGGUUAAUUCAUGGUGAGCAAGGAAUAAACGUCGAUGAUAUGGGGUCAAUGUGGGGUCGAUGUGGGGCCGGCCGAUGUGGGGUCACUGUUGGGUCCAUGUAAGGCCGAUAUAGAGUCGAUGUGAGGUCGAUGUGGAGUCAGUGUAAAGUCGAUAUAAGGUCGAUGUAGGGUCGAUGUGGUGUCGAUAUGGGGUUUGAUGUGGGGUCGAUGUGAGGUCGAUGUGAGGUCGAUGUAGAGUCGAUGUGGGGUCGAUAUAGGGUCGAUGUAAGGUCGAUGCAGGGUGGAUGUGGGGUCGACGUGGGGUCGAUGUGGUGGAGGGUAAAUAAAAAAUUAAAAAAUCGCUCUAAAAAGAAGUGGUUUGCCUUCGCCCUCAUUAAUAUGCACAAUUUGCGCCCCAAGAAUCUUGGAGCCCGGAAAGAGGACAGUGUCAGCGGCAGAAAAUUACGUUACGGCUCAGUGAUUUGAAGUCACAGGCGAGCUAGCGCUCAUUUCCUCCAUAAACGACAAUCAUACUUUUACUUCCGGUUCCAGCAAGCCUAGGCAAGUCCUUUGUUUCCAUUGUGUUAAGAAUACAAAGAAUAUGAGAACGAGAUUCCUCCGCACUUUUUUAGCACAUGACCUUAUCUUAUGAGAUUCCUCCGCAUUUUAUUACCGAGAUAAGGCCAAAAGGCCAUGACGCCAUCGGCGUUAAUACAUUCCACCGCACGAUAAUAAGAUUCAUUCGCAAGAAAGAGGACCAAAACAUCCCUACCAUACUACUGAUGAGAAGAUUCUGUUUCACUAUCCACGUCGAUAGGACGGGGAGUAGCCAUUUUGAGAUUGCAGUAAGGCUUUCCAACAGACCUUAGGGAAUCUAAGUUUUACGGGAAUCGACCCGGGAAUCAGGUUUCCCCCAACAAUUAGAUUGAUAUACAUAAUGAGGAGAGAUUUUUUAAAAAAUACGCGAUUCCUACCGGAAACGUUCGUCAAUUUCAAGAUUUUCUAAUUCACCGUGAGAUUUGUAGGCCAAAUCGUGAGACCGUGAGUUGAAAGCCCAAACCAUGAGUCUUACGGUCAAACCACGAGAGUUGGAAGGUCGCGAUGGUUCUGAAACGCUAACAUUAAGAACGUUGUGUAAUAAUUCCAUAAAACAGCCAGAUGUCUGCAAACGUCAAUGACAAGGUUGUUGUCAUAAGGAAAACCCCUACAAACAGUUGGCAGUUCUCCUUUGGAAACGAUUAGCAUUGAGGUGUGGUUGUAACACAGUAAAUCUAUCCAGAUCUAUUGAAUUAUUUAUUUUUCUGUUUAUCACUUUAGAAUUUGAGUACCACGCUUUUAUAAUUUACAACAAAGAAGAUUCAUCGUGGGUGGUGCGGAAGCUUCUUCCCCUCCUGGAAGACAAGCAUCAUUUGAAGUGCUGCGUACAUUACAGAGACUUUGAACCUGGAAAGCCUUUCCAUGAUAUAAUGGCAGAAACUGUUUACAAGAGUUACAAAAUCAUAGCAGUGUUGUCAAGCAAUUUCUUGAAGAGCAACUAUUGCAACUACGAAUUAAACCUCGCUAAGUAUCGCCUUGUGCACAGAGCGGAUAACAGUUUGAUUAUGAUAAGAAUUGAUGACGCAGAUAGCAAAAAACUUCCCAGGACACUUCGCAAGCGAAAUUUUAUCGACUACUGUAAUGUCCUAGAAAGACCGUUUUGGGAAGAAAAACUGCUAAGGUUUCUCGAUGUUCAAAAUGAGGAUCGCGAUAAUCGAUCCGCGAUUGCAGUACAGAACCAAGAUGUAGACAACAAUGAAGCUCAAGGUUCUGCCUUUCCGUCUUUCAACUCGAUUGAACUGAGAAAGAAUUUCAACAGGCUCAACAGCACGACUAGUAAUAACACAGAAGUCUCCCUUGUUAGUCUGCCAAAUGAAGAACUGAACCUGGAAGUCUAAUCUAUUUUCAAGCGAGAUCUAGUUCACAGUAUUUUCGUUUACUUUAUAAAACCACACUUCUAAGAUUCUUAUUCGCAUUUACAUGCAAUAACAAUAACAUGAAAACGUCUUUGGAAAGACCGACACCUGCUAAACUGGCUUAACCACAAAACAUUCGUACAGGACUGGUCACAGGACGCUGUCGUUUUCCUUGAAACAAGACCUAUCAAAUUGCAAAACGCUUGAAAUAAUAAUUAACAUUUCAUAUUCAUGCUUAAACUGGCAGAUCAUCAUUCACGCGCAACCUUCUGCCAUUAUUCAAACUUGGAAGUUCUGUGUGAUGGUUGAAAUUGAAACUGUGGACCAGCUUAAAAGAAAACAGUUUAAAGACCCUUUUCAAUUGCAUUCUUGAGUGAUAGCACUUACUCGUCAAAUGACGACAGAGUAAGUAUCACUACUGAGUCCCUCCCUCAGCUACCAGAUGGUGACUGAUACCAAGCCUAUACAUUAGUGUGUUAGACGCCAAAAGUGAACUGACAGCUUUCCCUAACCAAAACCAAAACCAAAACCAAAAUGAUGCGGGAAACCAACCGAUCACAUAAAUGAAACCAAAACCAAAAUGCUGUCAGUUCACUUUUGGCGUCUAUUGAAAAUUGGCGAAUACUUAAAGCAAAGCGCAGGCUCACCCGGCUGGCGUAGUCUUUACUUACCGGGUUAUCGCAUAUUUUCUUAAACAAGGUUGUAAAUUUAAAACAUAUAUGAUAAAGGAGG